AUGGCGUGGCCGAACCCUUUCUACCGCCAUACGAAGGACACAAGGACGUGAGUUUCACAUUUAUCCUGAGCAUCUGAACGUUUUGUGUCACUGUGGCUGAUCGAGCUGAUACUUUGACAGUUGCUGGGGAUAUCGCUUCGAACUCACACCGGAACACCUCACGCCUGAAGAAUGUGAACCUCUGAAGCAUUCCUACGACGUGCUCGCGGAGCAAGUCCUCGAUCGAUUGAACCAGAUCUCGCCCCCGGAGCCGGUCAAGAGGGAGAGUAUCCGAGACGAGGAAAAGGAGAAAGAAGGCGAGAAGGCCAAGGAGAAAGGACGAAGGGAUCUGUAUAAGAUAUUGCAAGAACACAAAGAUGAGGAUGAACUGUUGGGGAGAUUCUGGGACGAGGUGUCGACGGUGCCGGAAUGGGUCGAUUGGGAACAGAUCCAGAGGGGCCAGGAUGUCUUCUAUCGAUAUGGCGGGGCGUGUCUGACGGGACUGGCAUAUCAGAGUCUCCUGGGCGGGAUGGGAGCCGCGCGGGUUGUGGAAACAUUAGCUCGCACGGGAGGCUUCUCGACCCGAGUGGCGAGGGGCAGAUUAUUCGAGACGACACAGCACAUCUUGCAAUGCACCAAGAGUCUGGAAAGCAUGCAACCGGGGGGCGAAGGCUUUGCGUCUACCCUACGGGUGCGACUCCUCCACGCCGCCGUCCGGCAACGCAUCAUGAAACUCCGCGAGACAAGACGGGAAUACUACGACGUCGAAGCCUGGGGCAUCCCCAUCAACGACCUCGACAACCUCGCCACCAUCACGACCUUCUCCGCCUCCCUCAUCUACCUCUCCCUCCCCCGCCAGGGCAUCUGGAUGCGGGCCUCGGAAGCCAAAGACUACAUCGCCCUCUGGCGCUACAUCGGCUACGUGAUAGGCGCCCCGACCCCCUCCUACUUCCAGACCGCCCCUCAGGCCAAGCGACUAAUGGAAGUCCUCCUCCUCUACGAAAUCCACCCGACGGCCACCUCCCGCAUCCUCGCCAACAACAUCAUCAAAUCCCUCGAAGGCCAACCGCCAGGCUACGCCUCGGCCGACUUCCUGACCGCCUCCGCCCGCUGGCUGAACGGCAACGCUCUCUGCGACGAACUCGGCCUGCCCCGCCCCUCGCCCUACUACUGGGCCCUCAUGGCCGGGCAGUGCCUCUUCUUCUGCGCCCUCAUCUACACCUACCGCAGCAUCCCGCGCUGGGACCGCCAGAAGAUCGCCCUGCUGAAGCGCGUCUUCUGGCAGGUGAUUGUGGAGACGAAAUUCGGCUUGCGCGGCCGGGAGAGUGUGUUUGAGAUGAAAUAUGUGCCCGAGUAUAGUACGAUUACCGAGAUGGGCGAGUGUGUGGAGGAGAAGAGGGGGUAUUCGCAUGUGGAAGCGAGGAAUUUCCGGACGUUUGUGUUUGGGGUUGGGGCGGUGGGUUUGGGGUGUUGGGUGGGGUGGAGGGUUGUGAGUGGGAUUGUUAGGGCUGUUUGGUGGUAG